CCGCAGCCCAACAGUCCGCACCGAGGUGACUGCAUCGCUGGCGUCAUGGCCCCGCGGAGGGUAGCCCUGGUCCUGGCUGGCUGCGGCGUGUUCGAUGGCAGCGAACUGCACGAAGCCUCCGCCGUAUUGGUUCAUCUCAGCCGUGGCGGGGCGGAGGUAAAGAUAUUUGCUCCUAACAUGGAACAGAUGCAUGUAGUUAAUCACUUGUCUGGCAGCCCAACAGAAGAGAAGAGAAAUGUGUUAGUGGAAAGUGCCAGGAUUGCACGGGGUAAUAUUCAAGAUUUGGCAGACCUGAAGGUCAGUGAGUUCGAUGCAGUUAUUUUUCCUGGUGGAUUUGGUGUAGCCAAGAACCUCUGCUCCUGGGCUGUGGAUGGAAAGGAUUGUACUGUCAAUAAUAUUGUGAAGGCUACUCUGCAGGCCUUCCAUAGUGCCAAGAAGCCCAUAGGGUUGUGCUGCAUAUCUCCUGUGCUGGCAGCCAAAGUCUUCCCAGGUUGUGAAGUUACAGUUGGCCACGAUAAAAAUGUGGAUGGAAGGUUUCCUGAUGCUGAAACGGCCACUGCUAUACAAGAACUUGGAUGCAAACAUGUUUGUAAGGAUGUGGGUGAAUCCCAUGUAGAUUCUACCAACAAAAUCAUCACCACUUGUGCUUUCAUGUGCAAGGCCCCUCUGCAUGAGAUUUUUGAUGGAAUUGGAACAAUGGUGGGAGAAGUCUUAAAACUUGCUUAACUUGUGACUAGUUUAAAUGUUUAAACAUUAAAGGUUUAAAUGUAAAACAUUUGGAUGUUCUUGACUGUUCCAAUAAAAGAGAUUCAAUCAUA